UUUCUGGGAUUCCCCAGUACGUCAUUUUCCAGCGGGUUCGAUGUUGUUAUCAAUAUACGCUUUAAAAUUGUUCCGGGAUGACAGACGAAGUUGUUGCCAGUCAAAUUUAUGAAUCCUUAUUGAUCAGCCACACUUUAUCAGUAAGGGAUUUCCAUAAAAAAUUUAAAAACCAACACCUUGAUGAUAACCAGAUCUGUCGGUGUCUGAAGCUUCUUUCUGAACGAGGUUUAGUCUGUGUCCAGAAGAAAGAAGGCAUGGACAUAUGGUCACUGCCUUCCGAGACUGAUGCCCAGCCAAAUCAGGAAAACAAUGUGAGUGAAAUUGGAGAUCACAGCGUGAGGAGAAAAAAUGAGCAAACUUCCUGUCAGCAAAUAGGUUCUAGUGGGCAUGUUUCCAAUGUGGAGCAAAGUUCCAGUGAGCAACUCCACUUUUCAUAUAACCUCAGCUCCAGGGAAUCUUAUGCUGAAGUUACAAAGUCCAAGCAUAAUUCAAGAGAAAAUACAAGCACUUUCACUAACACCAACACCAGGCAACAUUGGGAGGAUGACUUGAUGUUCCCAAAGCCUCCAGCCUCCACCACUGACAACACGAGGCAACAUAGAGUGGCAGACCCACUGUGUCCACAGACUCCAGCCUCCACUGCUGGCAACACUAAGCACUAUAGAGUGGCAGACCCACUGUGUCCACAGCCUCCAGUUUCCACUGCUGGCAACACCAUGAAACAUGGAAGGGAAGAUACAAUGUCUUUGGCAGAACAACAAAGCAUUGAAUGUUGUCUCACCAAACCUUUAGCAGCCAUGGAGAUUGUUAAAUCAGGAGAGUCCAGUGUGACCAUGUACACUAGUAGUCUUGGGCCAGAGGAACGGAUAUGUCGUGAUGAUUUAAAAAAGAUUGUUGACGUUUUUAAAAAUGCAAAUAGUCCCCUUAAAGCUGCAGAUGUUGCAAAGAAAACGGGAAUUGGAGACACAAAGAAAUGUGCCAACAGCUGGCUUUAUUUUCUGGAAAAAAAAGAAAUAACGAGAAAGUUACCUGGAGCUAAACCAUUAUGGACAUUGACUGACAAGGGUUCUGCUGUAACAGAUGAAGAUGUAAAUGAUAUAGCAGCAGAGUUCUACAUUGAAAAGAACCGUGGUUCAGGGUCAAGUGUCGCCACUAUCCCAGGUAGGGCAGAUCCCAGGAGAGGUAUCGGUAGUUCACCUAAAAAGAUGUGUAAAAAUUGUAAUAACACCUGUGUGGAAGAACAUCACUACCACAACCAUCUACAUAUACAACAGAUGGGGAAAGAAAACAUAGUCUUUACUACCACUCAGGCAGUUGGAAAUCCAUAUGUAGAGAAUGGAUAACUAGACAAUUACAGAUGUGUACUCAUGAAGCCAAACCCCUACAGUCCCCCAUCAGAUUUUGUCUUAGAGGAUCCAGUAUGUAACCAAAUGUUUUACUCUACAAAGGAGAGAAAAAAUAUCUUUUAAUGAACAUUAUUAUACACUGAAGAAUGGGUGGGUUACCCAGACGUUCCCCAUCCUAAAGUAGACUUGUACAAAUACUGGAGGUAAAGUGAUCUACUGUUUUACAAAAAGAUGUUGUUAGUUGUUAGAUUACCGUGUUAUUAAGUGAUUUUAUUUGAUAUGGUGAAUGUCCUACAUGUUAACACGUUAAUUCCGGGGACUCAGAGCUAUUGGCCAUUUUCAGUGAUUUUUAGUCAAUGGUGCUCUAACCUCCUACAGGAUGAUCCCUGUUUAUAUACUGUAUAACAAAUAAUGUUGGUCGUUUAGAAACCUACAUCAUUUUUUGUGGCUAUGAACAAACCAAAAAAAUUAAAUUUAACUAAUAGAUCUUCUGAUGAAAGAACCUUGUGAAUAUUUAUUUAACAUCCUUGAAAGUCCUUCCCUAAACCUCGGCUUAAACCAUGAAAGAGAGAACCCAUUAACAGUUUAAGUUAAACAGUACAUAUGGUAUCCAUUAGUUUUUUCAUUUAAACCAACAAUAGAAAUUUCGUAAAUUACAUCAGUAUGUACAUUUCCCUUUUCCAAUGACGUGAUGUAUGAGGUGAAAUUAUCUGUAUCUGAGUAUUUCAUAAAAUCUAUUUUUCUGUAGGAUGAAAUGAAGUCUAUAUUUUCAUAUGGGGGGAGGGGUUUAAAAAAAUCACUAGCUUUCUGCCUCUGGGUCACUGAUUCAAGGUCUGUGUGUUUUGGCUGGCUGCAGGUCAGUGGUUUUUCUCAGUGAAUUCUGGCUUUCCUCCACCACCCACACCUGGCACAUCCUUAAAUGACCCUGACUGUUAAUAGGACUUAAAGUAACAACAACCUAAUUAUAGGGGUUAGCAGUAUGAAACUUUAAAGGCUGGGAAAAUGUCAGUAAAACCAAAUAUUCUGCAAAAUUAUGAAAUUUGAAACAUGAUAGAACAGGGAAAAAACACAUUCCCUAUUAUUUCAAAUGCCCUGACAGGGAAAAACGUAGUGUCCAUGAAUAUCAAAAUAAGUCUUAUAGAAAAAGUUUUAGAAAGGCAAAUAUCUUGUGACAUAUCACAGUAUGGAACUUUGUUUAAAAAAUUCCAUAUUACAACAAAAAUCAUUUAAGAUUCACUUUUUGUGACUGAUCACAAAUCAAUAUUGUUUCAUCAUUUGGUAUCAUUGUAAUAACGCCCAUUACCUAAAUCAUGUUGGGACAACAUGGGUAAUGUCACCAAGUGGAUCUGUGAUUGGCAGAAGGUUACCAUUGUUUUAAUUAUGACAUCAUAACUACAUGAUGUCUUUUCUUCAUUAUGUGAUAAACAGAAUCUUACAUGAGUUUCAAUUUCAUAUGAGAUACUUCAUCUCUAGGUCAUGUGUUUGAGGCCUUCAUGGGGCAGUCGCCAGAUGCAGGCUGCAGUUCAAUGGCGUUUUCUCUUGGAACUCAGUUUUCCUCCACCAACCAAUUUUUGAAUAUUUUUAAAUGACUUUAGCUGUUUAUAGAAUGUAAAGCAAAAAUAAAACCAGAACCUAUGUGAUUAUUGAUACUUGGCAUGAAUUUUUCAUUUUACCUCGCCAGAGGUUCCGUAAAACAAUUCGUAGACUUUAAUUGUCUCAUAUGACUGGAAACUCAUGUAAGAUCUGUAAUUUAUUAUUUACUUAUUUAAAUAUGUUAUGUGAUUUUUUGCUCUGAAAUGCAGUGAAAAUUUGUCCGUUACUUUAUAUAAUUAUUAUGUGUUUAACAAUCUCACACUGUGAGGAUUCUGUUUCUGUUGAUCUCUGGUAUCAGAUAUGUUCCAACAGAAAUGUUUCGUCACAAGAUUGUCAGUUGAUUUCUUGUUGAAAACUACAUGUGUCUGGUGUCCUUAUUUUGUUUUAUAGGAAAACCUGAUUGUCAAUGCGAAAUCAAUCAAAUAGUGUAAUCUACAUAAUAAUUUAUAUAGUGAAAUAGAAAUCAAACAAAAUUUUUACAACCUAUUUUAGACUAAUACACAAGUGCCAUUUUGUUUCUGUUACACUGUAUUAUUGCACUUAAAUAUCCUUGCGCUUAUUCUAGCAUUUCAUUGUUUCGUUUAAAAAGCAAUAAUUGUAGAUGUAGUAAAUUGCCAUGAAUAGAUUUUGCACUGAAAUUGAUUUUGUCAAAAUCCGUAUAUUUACAG